AUGGCUAAUCUGGCAGCAGCUGGCUGCGUGUUCCAACCCACCGGCCGUGAGCUCAUCGGCCACUACCUCAUCCCCAGGGCGGGGCUCGGCGGCGUCUUCUUCCCCGGCAUCAUCGAGGAGGGCGUGGACGUCUUGUCCUUGCGCCCACGCGCGCUCUCCUUCCCGGAAAACCACAGGAGGGAUUACGGCGAGGUAUGGGGCUUCUUCUUCGCGGCAAAGCCCGCCGGCGAGACGUGCCCGACGCCGGACGCGGGCGGGUGCUGGGAGCAGUACGGCCAGGAGAAGGCGUACUACGGCGGCGAGGGCGGCCGGGAGGCAGUGGCGUUCCGGCGCAGGUUCGCGUACCGCUACACAUGCAGGGACGGGGAGGUAAUAUCGCAGACGCGUUGGCGGAUGAAGGAGUACCGGCUCAACAGGAACGCGGCCGCCUUCCGCCGCGCGCACCCGGGCCCCGUGCCGCCGGACGUCGUCUUCGUGGUCCACAAGGUCUACAGGAAGCCGCUGAUCCCUCCGCCGCCGCCGCCCGACAGCAGCUCCAGCGAGGACGAGGGCUCCGAGAGCUACAUCGUGUACCCGCAACUCGAUGAGAUCAUGCGGCGGUUAACGAUGGGGAACUAG